AUGGCUGUUAACGAUGAAAAGAAGCCUCACAGAGUUCACAAAACUGGAAAGAAAAUCAAAAAGAAAACUGCUCAAAAUAUUUCUGGAGAAAGAGGAAAUAAUUCAAAAGCGUUCAAAUUCCGUUCUGCUGUAAAAGCUCAAAAAUUGAUUCGAAAAGCAGCAGAUUUGAGCGAAAAAAAGAAGCACAUUCCUAUUGUUGAAAGGCUUGUAGACACUCCUCCACCUUUGUUUGUUGCGAUUGUUGGACCUCCAAAGGUCGGAAAAAGUUUACUGCUUCGCUGUCUUAUAAAAAAUUAUGUUAGGCAGUCAAUUACAGAAAUUAAAGGUCCAGUAACAAUCGUUACAAGCAAAAAACGUCGAGUAACAUUUUUUGAAGUUCCAAAUGAUAUAAAUGCUAUGGUGGAUGCUGCUAAAGUUGCAGAUUUGGUUUUAAUUCUAAUUGACGCCUCUUUUGGUUUUGAAAUAGAAGUAUUCGAAUUUACUAAUAUUUGUCAAGUUCAUGGAAUGCCUAAAAUUAUGGGAGUGCUUACUCAUAUGGAUAAGGUUAAAAAGAAUCAAUUGAAAUCUGUCAAAAAGAAGUUGAAGCAGCGUUUUUGGACUGAACUUUAUCCGGGAGCAAAACUAUUUUAUCUUACUGGAAUGAAGCAUAACAAAUAUUUACGUCACGAAAUUAAAAAUCUUGGAAGAUUUAUUUCUGUUGCAAAACUUAGGCCAAUUUUAUGGAGAAAUGCUCAUCCUUAUUUGGCUUGUGAUAAAGUGGAGGAUUUAACUGAUCCUGAGGCAAUUAAUCAAGACCCUAAAAUUGCUCGCAAAGUUUCUUUUUAUGGAUACGUUCGUGGAGUUCACAUAAAGAACCAUUCAGCUGUUCAUAUUGCCGGCCUUGGUGAUGUUUCAAUUAACAAUAUUUCAAUACUUCCAGAUCCUUGUCCUUUACCUGAAAAUCAAAAGAAAAGAUCGCUUAAUGAACGUGAACAGAUAAUUUACGCCCCCUUUUCUGGCCUUGGAGGUUUGGUAUUUGAUCAAAAUGAAUUUUAUAUUGAUGGUCGGAAUGAAUUAGUAGAAGCAAUUGAUAAUGUUGCCGAACCAAUGGAUGUAAAAGUAGAGAAUGCAUCGUUACAAUUAUUGAGUGGUAAUCCUAAUUUGGAGGUUGACAUUAAAAGUGAGGUAGACAGUGAAGAGGACGAAGAAGAUGAAGUCGAUGAUGAAGAAAACGAGGAGGAGGACGAUGAUGAAGAAUACGAAAGUUUUGAAGACUCAGAAAAUGAAGAAGAAAAUAAUUUAAACAAUUUUGCAUCAACUUCAACAGAAAUGAAUACAUUUAGUGGCAUUGCAGAGCGUUUAUCUGGAAAUUUUCAAGUUAAACCUUCACAUAGAAUAAAUUGGGAAAAGCUAGUUUAUGAAUCUAAUGAAGAUGGUCUUAAAAAUGAGAAAAAUGUUGCUGUAACAUCUAAAAAAGACAGAACUUUUGGUGGUGGUCUUUUUAAAAUUCCUGAAAAUGUUUUUAAUUCAAGAAAUAAAAUUUAUUUGAAAGACAAAGAUGAUGGAAAAUUGUGGGCAUUUGAAAUGUUUAAUAAUAAAAGUGAAAAUGGUUGUUUGGAUUGGAACGAUAAUUGUGUCAGAGAUUCAAUUCGUGAUUGUUGGGUAACUGGAGAGUGGGAAAACGAUGAUGACAAAGAAGAAAUAAGUGACGACGAAGAAAUUAAUAAAAUUUCGAAAGAUGGAUUAGAAAAAAUUAAAAUAGAGAAAAAAGAAGUAUCUUCCCAAAAUUUGGAUGAUGAAGAAAUGAAUUAUGAUUCAGAUGAAAUGAUGGAUUUUGACAUGACUGAAAAUAUGGAAGAAAAAGUGACAAAAGAAAAAGAUGAUAACACUAUGAAUUUGGACGAGAAUGAAGAGAAAAAUGAGGGUGAAGAACCCAUGCAAAAAGAAAAGAAAGACAGGUUAAAACAACAAUUUGAUGCUGAAUUUGACAGUACAAAUGCAAAAUAUAAUGAAAUGAAGGAAGAAUAUGAAAAACAAUCUAAAUUAAACAAAGCAGCUUUUGAAGAUUUGGAUGAAACAAAGAGAGCAGAAUUGGAAGGUUUUCGGCCUGGUUUGUAUGUAAAAAUUGAAAUUGAUAAUAUUCCUGCAUCAUUUAUUGAGUGUAUGGACCCUCGUUUUCUGUAUAUUAUUGGUGGCCUUUUGCCUGGAGAACAAAAUAAUGGUUAUGUUAAAGUUCGAAUUAAAAAACAUCGUUGGUAUGACCGUUUACUUAAAUCUAGAGACCCUUUAAUUAUUUCUUGUGGAUGGAGAAGAUUUCAAACAAUGGUUAUUUAUUCUGUUCUAGAUCAUGACCACAGAGAAAGAUUCUUUAAAUAUACGCCGAAAGAAGCUUUUUGUCAUGGAGUUUUUUGGGCACCUUUUGUGGCACAAAAUACUGGAUUUUUGGGGUUACAAUCUGUUGAUGAGGAAGUGAAAUCAUUUCGCAUUGCGGCAACAGGUGUUGUACUUGGUGUAGAUAAAUCAACACAAAUUGUUAAAAAAUUAAAAUUAAUUGGACAACCAUUAGAAAUAUAUAAGAAGACUGCUUUUAUUAAAGGAAUGUUUAAUAGUGCUUUAGAAGUUGCAAGAUUUCAAGGAGCUGCAAUUCGUACAGUUAGUGGAAUACGUGGAAUAGUUAAAAAGGCUAUUAAGACACCUGAUGGUGCUUUUAGGGCUUCUUUUGAAGACAAAAUUGCUGGAAAUGGCUCUAUCUUGAAGGAAGAAGGGUCUACUUUGUGGGGAAAAAAUUGUAUCUAA